UAACCUCAAUAUUCUCCCUAUAUCAACCCAACUAAACCCCCCAGAUAAGACUUCUUCCUCUCUAUCUCUCUCUCUAACUUUCUCUCUCCUCCAAUUCUCUCACCCACAAAACCUCAACCAUGAAGAAACUUUACCGCAAAGGUCAAGUCCACCCUUCACCACCACCACAACCACCUUCACCACCACCUUCAUCUGACCAGUUUUCUCUCUCUUACCUCCCAGCCGCCAUCCUCACCCUCGCCUUAUCUCUCUCUUCCCAAGACCAACAAGUCUUAGCUUACCUUCUCUCUUGCUCUUGCUCUUCUUCUUCCUCUUCUCCUUUUGAUUUCGAUCCUUCUAAAUCUUCUUCCAAAAAACAGAGCAUCCAUCUUCUUCAACAACACCCUUCUUCUUUCACCUGUUACUGCUUCUCCUGCUACACUAAUUACUGGGCCCUCUGGGAUUCCUCCCCUAACCGCCAGCUUAUCCAUGAGAUUAUCGACGCUUUUGAAGACAAUCUCAUGUCACAAAGGAAGAUGAAGAAGAAGAAGAACAAACAAGGGGGCUUAACUAGAAGAGAAAAAAGGAAGAACAACAACAACAAAGGAAGCUUGGAUACUAAUAGUAUCAUUAGUGAUACUAAUCAGAAAGUUAAUGACGAUAUCAAUCAUGCAAAUGGGUUGGAUGGGUCGGGCCUCGUUAACACUGAGGUGGCCCGAGUUGACUCAGUGGAAGAAGAAGAAGAAGAAGGUGAAACAGGGGAGGUGAAACAGGGGUCUGUAAGGAAGAUUGUGAGUUUCAUUGGAGAGAGGAUUUGGGGAAGUGUUUGGGGUUAAAUUAAUUAAAAAAAUGUGGGUUUAAUUUUGCUACUAUUAUGUGAAAUUAUGAAUCUGCUUAAUUAAUUACUCCUUUUUUCAGUUUCUUUUAGCUGUUCUGUUCCAAAUUUUCAAUCUCCCCUGUUUUUUGUACUGUAUAAUUAUGUAAAAUAUAUGGGCAAUUUUGUUAUUCUCAUUUAUUUAUUUUAAUUUGUACUGCAGAAAGGAAAAAAAGCGUACAAGUAUAUGUUUGAUUCAUGUAAAUGUAAAUAUGAUGUAACCCAAUCAAUUUUAGGUUGGAAAUAAAUUGAUUUUUAUCCCUCCUUUUAUGGGGGGUUGCUCCGUUUA